CGUGCCACCGUACAAAACCACGAAAACUAGCUCAGUUCUUCCACUUCGUUUGCUUCUAUUCAAUAAAUAAUCACCAUUUGCACAGACACACAUAUGUAAAAUAUGCACAUAUAUGCAGCAAUUGAAGCCAAGUAAUUGUCUGUUGGGUUCCUCUUCAAUUAUCAGAAGGCAACAUUUCUUGAUAAGGGUUUUAGGUUGUUCCAGCAACAAUCAAACCCAUCAUCAUCAGUCAAGAAUGAACUCUAUGAUUUGUGGGUCUGAUUUGGAGGCUGAUGCUUUGGGCAUUUUGAGGUCAAUCACUCCAGCUCUUGACCCAUCUCGGUAUAAAGGCCAAGCUGGGAAGAUAGCUGUUAUAGGAGGGUGUCGUGAAUACACAGGUGCCCCAUACUUUUCUGCUAUAUCAGCUUUAAAAAUUGGUGCAGAUUUGUCUCAUGUUUUCUGUACUAAAGAUGCAGCUCCAGUUAUAAAAAGCUACAGCCCCGAGUUAAUUGUGCACCCUAUUUUGGAAGAAUCUUACAGUGUUAGGGAUGAUGAGGACAAAAGAUCAAUCUCAGACGACGUUCUUGCUGAGGUUGUGACGUGGAUGGAAAGAUUUGAUUGUCUUGUUGUUGGUCCAGGACUUGGAAGGGACCCAUUUCUUCUGGACUGCGUUAGCAACAUCAUGAAGCAUGCAAGGCAGUCAAAUGUUCCAAUUGUCAUAGACGGGGAUGGUCUUUUUCUUGUCACAAACUGUCUUGAUCUGGUUAGUGGUUACCCGUUGGCUAUCCUAACCCCAAAUGUAAAUGAAUACAAACGGCUUGUUCAAAAAGUACUAAAUUGCGAAGUAAAUGAUGAAGAUGCUCCUCAACAAUUACUAUCUCUUGCCAAAGGGAUUGGAGGUGUAACCAUUUUAAGGAAAGGAAAAUCAGAUCUCAUCAGUGACGGUGAAACAGUCAGGUCAGUGAGCAUAUAUGGUUCUCCACGGCGCUGUGGUGGCCAGGGUGAUAUACUUUCUGGAAGUGUUGCCGUCUUCGUCUCUUGGGCACGCCAAUAUAUCUCCUCUGGCAAAGGGGAAUCGGCCAUGAACCCUACGAUUUUGGGAUGCAUUGCUGGAUCUGCUCUAAUGAGGAAAGCAGCGUCGCUUGCAUUUGAGAAUGAGAGAAGGUCGACCCUCACCGGUGAUAUCAUCGAGUGCUUGGGAAGAAGCUUGGAGGAAAUUUGUCCACUCAGCUGUUGAUGUUGAUUGUCAGAGUUCAAAACCAAAGAAACAUGGAAAUGUGUUUUUAUUUUCUUAGGUGCGUUUAAAAGGUAAAAAUAAUUGACUGAAAUAUGAAAAAAAAAAAAUCAAUAAUAAAAAAAAAAAACAUGAAAAAUAAAAAAUUCAAAAUAGUUUUCAAAAACUAAACCAAACAGGUGACACCGGCUUUCUUUGGCAGUGACUCUCUUCAUAAGCUCCUGUGAAGCUUUGCAUGAUUGCUCCUUCCUCUUUUUCAUUCUUCUUCCCCUUGUUCAUUCUUCUUCCCCCGUGUUCUUUGCUUGUCUAGUCCAUUGGGAAAAGGAUUAAAUCCAAAUGUGCUGUUGGACUAUGAAAAAGAAGAGUGGUUUCUAUCCAAACACUCCCUUUACAAGUAUAUUAAUGUGCUUAAAUUGUAGUUGGCAAUGGUAGUACUCAUAAUACCUUUUGCUUUGUUCCUCAAUCACAAUCUGCUGUCAAAGCCUCCAGUGACGGUUGGGUGGGAUGAAAUUAAAAAAAAAAGAAAAAGAAAAAGGAAAAUAAAAAGAAAAAAGAUUUACAUACGGUGACAAGAAAAGGCUUUUGUAGAUUUAUACACUUUUGAGGCCUAUGUUUUUGCAUAUUGGAUUUGUCAAUGAAAAUGAAAA